AUGAGCGGCUUCUACUUGGAGGGGCCCGCCCCGCCGGCGAAGAGCGGGGCCGGUGAGGGCGGUGGCGGUGGCAACUGGAACCUGCCGCCCGCCCGGUACGCGCUGCCCCUGGGAGAGAUCGUGGUGGGGAGAGACUCGGUGCGGGACGCGAGCCCGGCUAACUGCAACAAGCUCAGGAUUGGCAUCGACAAGCGGGAAGAGGGCGUGUCGCGGAGCCAGGCGAUCGUGCAGGUUUGCCCGCUGGAAGGGCGGUUGCAAGUCACGCACAAGCAGGGCGCCAUCAACGGCAUCCGCAUCACCAGGUGGAAGGGCUCGCCGGGGCUGACGCCGGCCCAACGGGCGGAGCUGCGGAUCGGCGCGCCGGGGGCGGCGAGGAGUCUGCGAGCAGGGGAGAUGCUCCAGGGCGGCCAGCAGUCCUUCCUGUACCCGGGCGACACUCUCCAGCUCGACGGUUUCCGAGCCCCGUCCUCGUCCACUUGCUCCUUCCUCCUGCACCCGCUCCCCGCGGCCUGGUCGGCGCCUCCAACCAGGAGCGGCAGCAUCAACUCCCAGUCGGGGGCGGCAUCACCUCGGCCGGCGACGACGACCCCGACCUCCGCUUCCAAGAAAGCCGGCGGCGCCAGCAGUGCCGGUGUUGCCAGGGAUAACUCGCGCCCGGCAGCGGCAAGGGGGGCGCGGGGGGGUUCAACCCCUCAAGGGAAGAAGACCAACCAGAAGAAGGGAUCGCAGACCCCUGUCGCCCGCCGCGCAGCGACGGCGACGACUUCGAAGAGCGGCGCCGCUGCUACUACUGCUGCUGGCUCUCGGGCUGGGGCAGCGCCGAGCACGCUCACACCAAGCCCGCUGCAGCAGCAGCAGCAGCAGCAGCAGCCGCGGCCAAGGGCCGGCUCCGCCGGAAAGCCACGCGCCGCCGCGGCCUCAGGAGGAGGAGGAGGAGGAGGGAAGUCUCCGGCUGUUUCCUCUGCGCCGAGCACCGUCCGAGUGCCCCCCGCUGCCGGCGCCGCCGGCGGGGGGGCGCGGGGAGCCUCGUCUUCGCCUUCCUCCCGGGUCGAUGAAGCUACCGUCAAGAAGCUCGCGAUGUCUGUUUCGGCCGCAGGUCGCAGCGGCAGCACCGGCGGCGGUGCGUCUACCCGGGGGCCGAAGGCGGGGGUGGUGACCCCGCUCUCGACGGCCGGGAGGCUGCUGGACUCCCGCACCUCCCCGGCGAAAACGCCGCCGCCUUCUUCUUCGGGAGCGACGACGAAGAGGCCGCAUGCCGCCGUAACGGCGGUGACGGUGGCGGCCGUGCCCCCCCCUCCGCGCGGAGCAGCGGCCCCGCACACGCCGACCCGGUCGCCCGGUCGCGUGGACGAAGGCGGUAACGCGUCCGCUGGGUCGUCCAAGAGGCUGAAGCGUUGCGGCGGUGCGGACGGUGGUGUCAGCGGUGGCGCCUCGGCGUCGCCCGUUGUCGGACGAAGGGCAGACGCGUCUUCCCCCGCCACCGCCGCUCCUGAAUCGCCACGACCGGACGCCCCGCCGGUGGACAUCACCCCGCGAGACCGGGCGUCGCAAGCCAGCUCCGCCCAAGGCAGCGGGGCCGGGGCCGGGGCCGGCGGCGGGGGAGGGGAGGCUGGAGGCAGUGCCGCGGGAGGAGACUCGUGGAGCAAGGGCGACUUGGUGGUGCUGAAGGCGCGCACGUCGAAGGGGAUGAACAAGCUCGGGGGAGUUGCACGGGUGCUGGAGGUCUUCGAGGAUGGGACCUACUUUGUCAAGCUCAGCUUGGGCGGGAAGCCGACCCGCGUGGGGAGCGACCUCCUGUUCAGCUACACCCCGUCUCCCGAGCCGGCCUUCCGUGGAAGGAGGAAGUGCACCGCUUCCCGCCGCCGAGACACCCCCGAGGGGGGGGGGGGGGGCGAAAGGGACCCCCACAACGGGGGGGUCCCGUCCUCCCCGUCGGCCUGUUCGUCCCCCCCUUCCCCUUCCCCUUCCCCCAAGCGGACAAAGAGCAAAAAUCCACGUGGCCCCAGCGUCAGCAGCAGCGGGACCGGCGGCAGCGGCGGCGGGGGGGGCGGUGCGACCAGCAGCGGCUCGUCAUCCCCCAGACGCUCCCUCCGCCGCCGUGGCGUGAAGAAGGAGAGCGGCGGCGAUGGCGCCGCCGCCGCUGACCCCCCCGCUGCUGCCGGUGCUAGUACCGGUGCUGAGGACGACAACGACGACGACGGCAACGCCGCCAUGACGAAGGCCGCCGCUCGGCCGGGGGACCGCGCGAGGGUGCUCUACGACAACACGGACUGGUACAUGGCCACCGUCGUGGGCGUCCACCGGGGCUCCUCCGUCACGGUCCGCUUCGACGACGGCAGCGAGGCGAGGUUAGCGCUAAGCCCGGGCGACGCCGAGAUCUGCGCGGACGACGCGCUGGCGCCGGCAGCGAGCGAGCCGCCUGCGCCUGCCUCUUCGCGCUCUCGCGGGGGCGGCGGGGGCGGCGGCGGGGCAAGGAGGAGGCCAGGGAGAGGGGUCGUGGCCAAGGGGGUGCGGGCGUUGGGGGCCGGUGGUCGGAUCCUUGGGGAGGGGGAGGGCAAAGCGCUGACGGAGGAGCGGGCGAAGGCCCUGCUCGACACGGCGCCCGAGAAGCUGGUGGGCCUGGUGUACCAGGAGCACCACCGGGGGUACGGCGGCUGGUGGGAGACCGUCGUGACGGAGGUGUCCGAGGAGCGGAUGGGCGAUAGCGGCGGUGCCGGAAGAGAUAGGGACGGACGGGGGAACGCAAUGUGGCCGGAGUCCGUGGUGGUCGGCCAGAUAGACCGCUCCGGGGAGAAGGUCAAGACCAAAGCCGGUUCCGCCGCCGCUGCGUCCUCCGGACAAGGCGGCGACGGCGACGAUGAUGAGCCGGAUUUCGUCUACACCCGGAAGACGAGGUGGCUGCUCUCCCGCCUGCGCAUGUGGGACAAGCACCGGGAGGCCGAGUGGGAGGCGACGGCGCUGGAGGCGGACGACGAGGUAGCUGCUGCUGCUGCUGCCGAGCCCAAGGUCACGUCGUCGCCCAAGCAGGUCGCAAAGAAGAGCCUGCCUCCGCCAUCAUCGCCAACGCCGCCGCCGCCGCCUCCUUCCAGAAUCUCGGCCAGGAAUGAGGCGAAAAAGAAAGCGGCGGUGCAGAAUGUCGCCGCCGGGAAGAAGCCACCGGCAGCGGCAGCGCCGGCGCCGGCGGCAGCGCCGAAGCGCCGCAAGGCUCCGGCAGCGGGGAAGAAGGGCGGUGGGGGGGGGGGUGAGAGUGGACCGGUCGCGGAGACACGGGGCCCCCUCUCGUUGUUGUUGUCGGCGGUGGCGGAGGAAAAGGUCGGGGUAAACGUGUCGGCGGCGGAGGGCGGGGCCGGGAAGGAAGCGGGGGAGGGGGGCGAGGGGACCAAGCCGAGCGCUGCCGUCAAGCUGACAAAGGCGGCGGAGAGGAAGCAGCAGGCGGCCCUGCAGAAGGAAGCCGCCGAUGAACGCGCCCUCCCCAAGUGCCCCUUCUGCGGCUCCGAGUUCUACGUCACGGAGACCCAGGACCAGAUCGACCGGCACUUGUCCUCCUGCGGCGCCAAGAAGGCGGCGGCAACGUCAGCCUCGGUGGCCGACAGAAGCAGCACGCCCAUGGCUCCGUCUCUGUCCAGCUCUCUCGUGAUCGGGCUCAAGGGGGAGGACCUGGGCAGCCUGGUGGGGUCGGUGGCGGAGUUCGGUGCGAGGGGUGUGAGGCCGACGGGGACGUUCUGCGACCGGGCCAUGCAGGCGCUGUGCAACUCCAAGUAA